UUCUAUAUAUAACAGGAUCCAUCUUAUAAGAUGACUAGAUAAAAUAUUUAACUGUUUCUAUUUAGUAUGUUGAAAAUGUUUUAAAUAUUGAUUCAUUACGAGAUUUAAUAUAAAGGCAUAAUAUUUGAAAUGAACAAAGCCAUGGAAUCAAUGGACGGAUUUCGAGUGUCAAGAUUUCAGUUUAUGGUAUAUGGAACAAUUUCUUUGGUUAUUGCAUUGUGGUGUUACUACAAAUGGAACCGUAAGGACAUUAAUAGAUUUGCAGCUAAACUAAAAGGGCCUCCAUCAUAUCCGAUCAUAGGAUCAGGGCUUGAGUUCCUCGGAACACCUCAACAGGUGAUGGAAAGUUUUAAAAAAAUUACUGAAGAAUACGGUCCCGAACCGUUUAAAUUCUGGAUAGGUACAUCUUUUGGCGUAACCAUCUUUAAACCAGCAGAUUUGCAAAUCGUGUUAAAUAAUUCCAAAUGCCUGGAAAAAAGCAAUUUUUACAAAUUGUUCAAGAAUGCAUUGGGUGAAGGUUUAUUGUGUGCACCUGUUGAUAAAUGGCGAUUGCACCGUCGUAUAAUCUCUCCUUUGUUCAACAGCAGCCUGAUGAAACAGUUUUUUCCUAUAUUUCAUGAAAAAAACGAAAAUCUCAUGAAAAAAUUAAGUAUUGAAGUGGGUAAAACACAACCCUUCGAUCUCUGGGACUACAUUGCACCCAUUAAUCUAGAGACAAUUUGUCAAACUAUGAUGGGUUACAAUCUCAAUACACAGUUAAAUAUUGGGACCGAAUUCGUCCACUCCAUGAAAAUAGUUUCAGAAUUGAAUGUUAUGAGAAUAUAUAAACCAUGGCUUUAUCCAGAUAUCAUAUUCAGAAUUUAUCGAAAAUGCAUAGGCAUGCAAAAUAUUUACAAAGAUUUACACAAAUUGCCAGAUCAGGUAAUCAAAGAAAAGAAAGAAACAUAUGCUCAAAAGAAAAUAACAAAUAGAACAGAUGCUUUAGAUGAUUCUUUCAACGGAGAAAAACAUUCAAAAGUGUUUUUAGACAAGUUAUUAGCAUUGAACGAAGCUGGUGCAAAUUUUUCCAAUGAAGAACUUAGGGAUGAAGUUGUUACUAUGAUGAGUGCUGGGACUGAAACCAGCGCCGUUACAAUAUGCUUUUGCCUUUUAUUAUUAGCUAUCCACCAAGAUAUUCAAGAUAAAGUUUAUGAAGAAAUUUACGAAGUUUUGGGCGAAAAUGAUGAAUUAAUUACCUUUGAAGAUACAUACAAGCUUAAGUACCUCGAAAAAGUGCUAAAAGAAACCCUUCGACUAUACCCAACCGGUCCAGUGUUCCUUAGAGAACUUCAAGGCGAUAUUAAGAUUUCUUCAAGUAAUUAUGUACUUCCAAAAGGGACAACGUGUAUUAUAUCUCCAAUGAUAACGCACCAUAAUCCUGAGUUGUAUCCGAAUCCUUGGUUAUUCAACCCGGAUAAUUUUAACUCCGAAAAUGUGAUGAAACGGCAUAAAUACAGUUUUAUACCUUUUAGUAGUGGUCCAAGAAAUUGUUUAGGUUCCACAUAUGCUAUGCUGUCUAUGAAAGUCCUUGUUUCUACGUUCUUGCGAAACUAUAGCGUGCACACUGACACUAAAUUAAGUGACAUAAAAUUAAAAAUGGACAUACUACUGAGGAGCGUUCAUGGAUAUCCAGUAACUAUCCGAUCGAGAGAUAGAAGAUAUAAUCGAAAUCAGAAAUCAUAGAUCACUACUGUACACAAUAUAGUAUUAGUUAUUCAUAUACUACUUUUUUGAAUUAAAAUAAAAAAUAAAAUGAGGUUUAUUAUAGUUUAAAUAAUU